GAUAAUGGUACGCCCAGGCCAGUGUGGCAUUAUUAGUGUGCAAUAAUCCAAUGGUCAUCAAGGAAAGAUGGUGUUAUGUGUUACAUGUUAUAUUAUUCUUAAUUUAGACAAAAAUGGAUUCCAUUUCAAAAGUCUUUUGUUGUUCCUCUUGUUAUCUAUCCCGCCAAAUCAUGAAUGUUAUUCUCUUCCUCAGAUACCUCAACAUUCAUGACUUGCCUCCCUAAUUAAUUAUCCUUUCCUAAUUAUCAUCUAUUAGGUCAGAAAUUAGGAAUCCUUUUCUUAAUCGUUUGUAGUUUAAUUAUAUCCUAGCUAGGAAUACCAGAAGCUUUUGUAUUUGUUUUUUGUUGAUCUUAAUUAGGGCACAAUAUGGGUGGAUGUAUUUCGUGCCAAAGGUGUGGGAUUGAGAAGGGAGAUGGGUGCCCAGGCGGAAGCUUGGGGCUACGGGGAGUAGACAGAAAUGGGGGUGAAGAUGGUGAAUAUGAUGGCAUUACAGGAAGAGGAGAUUAUGAUGCACGUGUGAGGCUGCAUGGAUCUUCUGCUUUAACAUCCAUGUAUUCUAAACAAGGCAGAAAGGGUAUCAAUCAAGAUGCCAUGACUGUUUGGGAGAACUUUACAGGACAGCAAGGUGCGUACUUCUGCGGUGUUUUUGAUGGGCACGGUCCCUACGGCCACAAAGUGUCGCGUUAUGUACGCGAUACCUUGCCAUCAAAGCUUUCGCUCUCAAUGAAACUCUCAAACCUGGGCGUGGCAGCCAAUUACUGCACAGAAAAUUCCCACAAUAAUAACCUUAUCAACACCCCCUUUUUUAACAAGUUGAAAUCGAAUUUUGUCAAGUCCUUUGUAGAGAUGGACGAAGAUCUCGAAGGCGAAUCCAAGAUUGAUACCCAAUGCAGUGGUACAACAGCAGUUACUGUUCUAAAACAGGGAGAACAUUUAAUAAUUGGGAAUUUAGGGGAUUCUCGGGCUAUCAUCUGCACAAGAGAUGAUACAGGCCAAUUUGUUCCAGAACAGCUCACCGUCGACUUGAAGCCUAACCUUCCAAGUGAAUUUGAACGAAUUAAAAACUGUAAUGGAAGAGUUAUCGCAAUGGAGGAAGAACCAAGCGUGUAUAGGUUAUGGAUGCCGGAUGACAAUGGUCCUGGCCUAGCCAUGGCAAGAGCAUUUGGAGACUUUUGCCUCAAAACCUAUGGCCUCACCUCAGUCCCUGAAUUGUAUUACAGAAAGCUAACAGAUAACGAUGAAUUCAUUGUUUUAGCAACUGAUGGGAUAUGGGAUGUUCUGAGCAACAAUGAGGUGAUAAAAGUGGUAUGUUCAGCAAAGAAGAGAGCGACGGCGGCAAAGGUUCUAGUAGAACGGGCAGUCCGGGCAUGGAAAUACAGGUACCCUUGCGCCAAGAUUGAUGACUGCGCCGCCAUAUGCUUGUUCAUGAAACGCCAGCAGCAGCCGGGUCAGGGGCAGGGCACCACGCUAUCAAAAACCGUUUCGGAAUCAACAGACGCCAGCAUGAACUACUCCUCCUACAGCGCCAAGACCGACGAUGGCCUCGAAACUGUGUUGAAUUAUAAGGUGAAGAAUGGCGGAGAAGACAGUGGCUGUGAGCGGGACCGCUCUCCGGCCGCCAACGUCCGGAGACGACGUCCCAACCCCACCGUGCACAUCCACUAAUGUCCCAUCCCAUCCGACUUCAUAAUGUAUGUAAAUAUGUAAUAUAAUAUAAGAUAUUGUAAA